AGAGCACGCCCCCGGGGGAGAUCGGGGAGCGCCGGAUGCCGGGCGGCAGGAGCCGUUGACCCGGGACACCGCCGUCCGGGGCAGGAGCGCGGAGCAGCCGACCACCCCGCCGCCUCCGGUGCAUGGGGCCCGGCUGAGGAGCCAGCAUGGGCAACUGCGUGGGGAGACAGCGCCGGGAGAGGCCGACCGCCCCAGGACACCCCCGCAAGCGAGCAGGACGCAACGAGCCCCUGAAGAAGGAGCGGCUGAAGUGGAAGAGCGACUAUCCAAUGACCGACGGGCAGCUGCGGAGCAAGAGGGACGAGUUCUGGGACACAGCGCCCGCCUUCGAGGGCCGCAAGGAGAUCUGGGAUGCCCUCAAGGCUGCCGCCUACGCAGCCGAGGCCAACGACCACGAGCUGGCUCAGGCCAUCCUGGACGGAGCCAGCAUCACCUUGCCUCAUGGCACCCUCUGUGAAUGCUACGAUGAGCUGGGCAAUCGCUACCAGCUGCCCAUUUACUGCCUGUCGCCACCCGUGAACCUGCUUCUGGAGCACACUGAGGAGGAGAGCCUGGAGCCCCCCGAGCCCACCCCCAGCGUGCGCCGAGAGUUCCCGCUGAAGGUACGCCUCUCCACGGGCAAGGACGUGAGGCUCAGCGCCAGCCUGCCUGACACGGUGGGGCAGCUCAAGAGGCAGCUGCACACCCAGGAGGGCAUCGAGCCAUCCUGGCAGCGAUGGUUCUUCUCUGGAAAGCUGCUCACAGAUCGCACGCGGCUCCAGGAAACCAAGAUCCAGAAAGAUUUUGUCAUCCAGGUCAUCAUUAACCAGCCCCCGCCGCCCCAGGACUGAGGAGCCCAUGGACCCCUGGGCAGAGAGACCAGGGAAGGCCUCUGCAGGGCUGAGAGGCCUCCCGGCUGGAGCACUAGGCACCCCCACCCUGCCGCUGCCUUUGAGAGCCGUUCUUUUCUCCGGGGGAGCCUCCCGUGUAUGGCUGCCGGGCGAGCCCUGAGGGGACGCUGCUUCCCAGGGACUCCGUGGGCCACCAGUGCCUAGCACCCAGGAAACAGUGUGCUGCCACACACGGGCCUUGCCAACCUUGUCAGAGAAAAGGCAAACCAGGGCCCUCCACCCUGCCUCUCCCCCGCGGCAGGUUCAAGCCACGAGGGCCAGCCCGGAGGCCCCUGGAGCCCAGAUCUGUCAUCUGGUGCUGCCGGCUGUGCUCACUCCGGUUUUCUGCUCAGGGUCUGAAGCAGCUGCUGUCUCCCUCCCUUGCCCCUACCCCCUGACUCUGCCCUGGGCCCAGUGCCAGCCCCCCAGAGGGGAGGGGACCACUCGUGAGCCCCGGGGGUGGGGAGCCUGAGGCCGGCCUCUGCCUCUCCCAGCCCCCAGCACAGCUGGCAGAGAUGAGGUGGAGGCCGAUGGCUGGGCUGUCAUGGCAGAGGCCUGCACAGGGCCAUCUCCUGGCUGUAACCCCGGCAGUGGGGGGUCUGCAGCCUGCUCACGGCCCCGCAGCAGGUCCCUGUGUGCAGACACGUCUGCAUAUUUAUCAAUAAAGCCUUUUGCUCCUCC